AUGGCCUGGCACACAUUUGAGGAAACUUUAACGAACGAGGCCUUACAUUGGUUCCUCAACUUGCCCACCAACUCCAUUGAUAGCUUCCAGGAACUCGGGGACAAGUUCCUCCAGUGGUUCAUCUUAUUCGACAGUAAUUAUCGCACAACCCCCGACCUAUUCCGACUCAAACAGAGGCCCAAUGAGAGCUUGAGAGACUUUGUUCGAAGGUGGCAGAAGCAGGCUACACAGUAUAGCUCUCUCAACCCUGCCCUAGCGGCAUCGGCAUUCAAGCAAGCCCUCCAACCAGGAUACUUCUUGCUUCAGAUUAACACCAACCCUCCCGCAACAUAUGGUGACUUACUUGAUGCCGCUACCGCCUUUGUUCAGGCCGAGUACUAUAUUUUCGGUCGCGACACGGGUGCUAGUACAAAUCCUAUUAAUGUACCCCAUCUCAAUAACCCUAACGGAAGCACCGACAGUAUGAACACGGAUGCCAACAUGGACAAACCCGCUCAACACAAUGAAAGAGCACCAAUGGGGAGGCCUUCUUACAGUGAUAAGAGAGAUAAGCAAUAUGGCACAAGCCUCGAGAAAGCCAAGCACACUUCGUCAAGCAGCCGAUAUCGCAACGCACCAUAUAACAGUAAUCGAUACAAAGAAGCCCCAAAUUAUGAUACACCCAGAUAUGAGAUAUAUACCACACUCACCACCUCCUACGAGGACAUAUGGAACAGCCACAAAGAUAUCAUCCCACGCCCACCAAAACGCAGACCCGAACAAGAGAAGCCUCGAGACAACGGUAAGUAUUGCACCUACCAUGAGGAAACCAGCCAUCCCACCAACAUCUAUUGGGCGUUAAAGAAUGCUAAGCUCCUAUAG